AUGGCUUCUCCUGUUCCUGAAUAUACUGUUUCUGAUUACGCCAAGUUCGCUUUGGCUGGUGCCAUUGGUUGUGGUAUUACCCACUCCUCCAUGGUCCCAAUUGAUGUCGUCAAGACUAGAAUUCAAUUGGAACCAACCGUCUACAACAAGGGUAUGGUUUCCUCUUUCAAACAAAUCAUUUCCAGUGAAGGUGCUGGUGCUCUUUUGACCGGUUUCGGUCCAACUUUGUUGGGUUACUCUUUGCAAGGUUCCUUCAAGUUUGGUGGUUACGAAUUGUUCAAAAAGUUGGCCAUUGACAACAUGGGUUACGACAACGCUGUUAACUACAAGAACACUAUUUACAUUGGUUCUGCCGCCAUUGCUGAAUUUUUCGCUGAUAUUGCUUUGUGUCCAUUGGAAGCUACCAGAAUCAGAUUGGUUUCUCAACCAACUUUCGCUAACGGUUUGUUCGGUGGUUUCAGCAGAAUCUUGAAGGAAGAAGGUGUCGGUUCUUUCUACAACGGUUUCACUCCAAUUCUGUUCAAGCAAAUUCCAUACAACAUCGCUAAGUUCUUCGUCUUCGAACAUGCUGCUAACGCCUACUUCGGUCUAGCUGGUCCAAAGGAAACUAUGUCUGAAACUACCCAUACUGCUAUCAACUUAGCUGCCGGUUUGACCGCUGGUUUGGCUGCUGCUGUUGUUUCUCAACCAGCUGACACUUUGUUGUCUAAGGUUAACAAGACCAAGAAGGCUCCAGGUCAAUCCACUAUCGGUUUGUUGGCACAAUUGGCCAAGCAAUUGGGUUUCGUCGGUUCCUUCACCGGUUUGCCAACCCGUUUGGUUAUGGUUGGUACCUUGACCUCCUUGCAAUUCGGUAUCUACGGUACCCUAAAGAAAUCCUUGGGUUGUGCUCCAGCUGUCGAAAUUAACUCCCAUUAA